CCCACUCUAAACUAUAGAGAGCUCGAACCAAUCGCUUUUCCCUUUCGUUGAUUGACGGGUUCUGGAGGUGGGACGAGGAGGAGGAGAAAAGAAGGCAAAUCCCGUAAACCCCGCUCACUUGCCACGGAUCCUUGUUUUCUCAUUGGCCGGCAGCCCGUCAGGCUUGGGCUGGGGUUCUCCGGGCGGUCGGAAGAGGCGGGGCGGAAGUCCGAACGGCGGUCGGGAGGCGUGUCCUCGGAGAAGCCGGGCCUCUAGGCCGCGAGGUGGGUUUGAGGGAAGCAACCGGUUCUCUGAAGGGUCCAUGGCGGCGAGGCUGCUCCAGAAUGGAAGGUGGAGAAAGCAGUGCGGAUCUUGUAAUUAACAAAAGAUUUGUCUCAGAAGCUGAGUUAGAAGAACGCCGCAAGCGAAGACAGGAGGAAUGGGAGAAGGUUCGGAAACCCGAAGACCCCAAAGAAUGUCCUGAAGAAGUGUAUGACCCCCGUUCUCUCUAUGAAAGACUUCAGGAACAGAAGGACAAGAAGCAGCAGGAGUUUGAAGAACAAUUCAAAUUCAAAAAUAUGGUCAGGGGCCUGGAUGAAGAGGAGUCCAAGUUCCUUGAUGAAGUUUCUCGGCAGCAAGUCCUGAUUGAAAAGCAGCGUCACGAAGAAGACCUCAAGGAACUGAAUGAGUACCGGA